AUGGUUGGACAUCAAAUGAAACCAAUGAAGGAUCAAUCAAAAGAUUUGGCUGUACGUGUCGAAGAUGUAUCGAAAACCUAUGGUCAUAUUUGGAAACCUACACAAGUUUUACAUGAUAUAACUCUUCAUGUUCCAAGGGGAAUUAUAUAUGGUUUAUUGGGUCCAUCGGGAUGUGGGAAAACAACUCUCUUACGAUGUAUUGUUGGUUGUUUAGGUAUAAAUCAAGGUGAAAUAAUUGUAUUUGGUAAAUGUCCCGGUAGUCGUGGACAUGAUGUUCCUGGUCGUUCUGUUGGUUAUAUGCCACAAGAAAAUGCACUUUAUAAAACAUUUUCAAUAUCAGAAAUGUUAUAUCAUUUUGGUCGUCUUCAUAAUAUGAGUCGAAAAGAUAUUUCAGAAAGACAACAAUUUCUUGUUGAUUUUCUUCAUUUACCUUCACCAACAAGAAAAGUUUCACAAUUAAGUGGUGGUCAACAACGUCGUGUUUCAUUAGCUUGUGCUCUUCUUCAAGAACCGAAAUUAUUAAUUCUUGAUGAACCAACUGUUGGUGUUGAUCCAUUACUUCGAGAAAAAAUUUGGGAUCAUCUCAUAAAAAUAUCUCAAACAUAUAAAACAACGAUUAUAAUAACAACUCAUUAUAUUGAAGAAGCAAGAAAAGCUGAUCGAGUUGGACUUAUGCGAAGUGGAAGAAUAUUAGCUGAAGAUGAACCAACAAAUCUUCUUAAUAAAUAUAAUAAAACAAGUUUAGAAAAUGUUUUUCUUCAUUUAUGUUAUAAUGAUCAAAGUCGUAUUGCUGAACAAAGUUUAACAGAUAGUAGAGAUACAAUUGUCUCAUUUUCUAAUCCAGUUAAUGCAAUAACCCAAAGUGUUCUUCCACCAAAUAUUCUUUCAUCAAAUAUUCAUCAAAAUAAACCAAAUAAAAAAAAUCAUAUGUUCCGUGCUAAACAAAUUCUAAGUGAUCAUUGUGUAUUUCCUCAAAUUCAUAAAUUAUUUGCAUUAAUAGUUAAAGAUUUAACAAUAGUUAAAACAAAUAUUGGAUUUUUAUUUUUUCAAUUUUUAAUUCCUGUUUUACAAGUAUCACUUUUUUGUCUUUGUAUUGGUCGUGAUCCGAAACAUUUAUCAAUGGCACUUUAUAAUAGUGAAGCAAUAAAUGGAUAUCCAACUGGAAACUACAGUUUAGAACUUUUAAAUAAUAUAAAUUCUGAACAAAUUCAUUUUGAUUCAUUCAAUGAUUUUGAUAAAGCAAUUGAUUCUGUUCAACAAGGCAAUUAUUGGGGUGUUGCUACUCUUCAAGAGAAUUUUACACAAGCUGUUAAAAAUAAAUUAUUCGGGUUUCAAUCAGAUCCAGCUACUUUAAAUGCAUCAUCUAUUCAUCUUUACCUUGAUAUGACUAAUCAACAAAUAGCAUUUGUAAUGCAAAGUGUAAUAUUAAAUGGUACUGAAUUAUUUUUAAAAGAAAUUUUAUCAACGUCUGGAAUAGAUCCAUCAAUAGUUAAUCCACCAGUAAUAAUAGAAAAACCCAUCUAUGGAGAUGUAUCACCAAAAUUUUUAAAUUUUGCUGCACCAGGAAUGAUGUUAUCAAUAAUAUUUUUUUUGGCAAUUGGUUUAACAGCAUUAAUGUUUGUUGUUGAGAAAAAAGAAGGACUUUUAGAACGAAGUUUAAUAGCUGGUGUUACAACAAUUGAAAUAAUGUUUGCUCAUAUUAUUGUCAAAUUUUUUAUUCAAUGUAUUCAAGUAUCACUUGUGAUGGUAUUUGUUCAUUUCAUCUUUGAAGUUGAAUUUAAAGGUUCACUUUUCUUAGCUAUGACAUUAAUUUUUCUUCAAGGAAUUUGUGGAAUGAGUUAUGGUCUUUUAAUAUCUUCUGUAUGUAAUCAAGAAAUAGAAGUUAUGGAAAUAGCACUUGGAAGUGUUUUUCCUAUCUUACUUAGUUCAGGUAUAUUAUGGCCAGUGGAAGGAAUGCCAUCUGCUAUGCAUUUUAUAAGUAGAUUUACUCCAUUAACAUAUGCUGUUGAAGCCAUAAGAUGUAUUGCAUCAAGAGGUUGGACAUUUGCAUAUUAUAAAGUAUGGUUUGGUUUUCUCAUAACUGGAGCAUGGACUUCGGGAUUUUUUAUUAUUGCUGCUAUUUUAUUUGCUCUUAGAAAAUAA